AUGGCCCCAGUCUCCGACCCUUCCUUUACUCCUCAACCUUCACCUUCUGUUGCAGCCGCCAUUCCAAACCCGAACAUAUAUGAUGCUCCUACUCCUCCGGAGGUUCCAGCCAGGCCUUCACAAGGAGAGCCUUCAACAUCCCAGCCGCCCAGGAGUACUGAGGCUGGCACUUCAAGUCGCCCUCCACCUGUUACAUCACAACUUGGGCCUUCCCGUGCGCCUCCUUCUGCUCCCUCGGGCUCAGCCGCCGAGACUUCACAACCUCAUUCCUCUACUCCUGAAUAUUAUCGAACAACUGCCCCCUCUGAGGUAAUGCUGAGAGACAAGCGGGCUGUCCCCACUAGCAUCCUAUCUAUGAAAGGUCGUCUGGCUACACUGUGGAUAGAAAGUAUGACUCAUAUGGAACACUUGCCAAGACUCGCCCAGAUGGAUAGAUUUUCCGAGCUGUAUACCAAGAUGCUGAGGGACAGGGUAGCAGAGUUAGAACUUCAACUAAAUGAUCUAGCGGCAGCCAGCCAUGCUUUGCGAGUUGAGAUAAAGGCUUUGACAAGACAAAAUACUCAACAAAAGCUGUCCCUGGUGAAGACCCAACAUGAGCUUAAAAGCCUUCAAGGGGAGAAGAGCCAAACUGAGGCCUCGUACCAACAACAUAUAGAUCAGCAGGCUCUGAUGCACCAGCAGGCCAUGGACCAGUUAACCCAGGAGAUACAUUCUAAGGAGGUCCUACUGCAGGAGCAAAACAAAAGGUUGGAGUCUCAAACAGCACAACUAGAAUCCCAACUAGCAGAACUCCUAGCCGUCAAGGCAGAACUGUCUCAGGCCCGUACUGCUAUAGCUGGAGUGUCCACAGCUCUAACAGUGUACAGAGAAGGGGAAGACGAACGAUGUAGGCAGAGCCGCGAACUAUACUUGCGAUCUUAG